UCUCUGGAUGGGGAUGAUCAUACAGUAAGUGAUCACGCUGUCAAUAUUCACGAGUCUUCACUUUCAUUAAGGUGUGUGCAGUAUCACAUUACUGUAGCACUGGGAAAUCAGGGUUCAAAGCAGUCACUGGAAACUAAUAUCAAAGAUGAGUUCCCCAUUUCAGUUUUUCAUGUACGACUAAUGUUAACCUGAUGGGGCAUUUCUGGGCCUUUGAUGCUAAGAGAAUAAAGGAACAGAAAUUAAUAGAUGGGUGGUGUCACCUGUUCACACAUGAAGCACUGAAGAUCACUCAGAAAUAAGAACCAUUUAGCCAAGCAGUUAAAACCCAUCAAACAAUGACAAUCAAAACCACACACACUUUAAGGGGGAAUUUACCCCAAUGUGACUCUUUGAUUUAUAUUUCUCUUCAUUAGUCGAAUGUGAUUAUUCUCUUAGAGCUGACUAAUAACGGCAACGUGUUUGGCUGUUUCAAAUUUGAAAUGACAAAUGAUAUCUUUGAAGACGAGACACCAUCAAAACAACCUGAAGAGGCUUUUUAAAACAAAACUGUGUGAAAAAUGAAUAAAACAUGACGAUAUGUUUCCGUAGUCCUUCUAAAUGCGGGACCCGUGGAGUUCCACAGACCUCAGUUUGGAAAACACUUGCAUUACUAACCUUAAGGCUACUUAUUUAAUUAUUCCAUUAUCCCUGCAUUCGAUUAGGUUGCAAUUUCUUUGUGUGUGUGUGUGUGUGUGUGUGGGUGGUUGGUCGCAGAGUGGGGGUGUAACCCUGGGGCCUCCUCCUCCUCCUCCUCCUCAUUGUCCUCCUCCAGGACUGCAGGCUUGGCUUCAUUUUCUGUCCCCUGUCACAGUCAGAGCAGUAAACCAGAGCAGCGUGUAUUUCACAGCGCGGUGACCAUGGGAGCUGUUCACUUGGCUCCCUGAGUUGAAAUGUGCCGUUGAGGUUGACGUCUUCAUUCUGCCCAGGUCGAUAGGCAAUACAUCAGGAUCCGAUCAGCCCGGGGGCGAUUCUGAUCGAUCCUGUCUCUUCAAAAAAAACUUCAAUUUUUUUGCUGGUCAUAAAUACUAAUGAGGCGGGGGAGAGAGGGAGAAGGGGACACGCCAAUCACACGCGGGCCUUUAUGUCCCCAUGCAGGGACUGUCCAUGACUUAUUAUUAUACGGUAGAACAGAGAAAAGCACGCAGGCGUCGUCUAAACACAGCAUCGCAUUUCUUGUCCCCGCGUCUCCCUCGGGAUCGUCACAGAAAUUCCCAUUCGUUUGAAGAAAUGACCGGUGUGGUCACGUGGACGCGAACACCUCUGCACCUUCCACUCAUUUAUCAACACGAUUCCCAGGGGAGGGGGCAGCUGUGAGGACACGCGCACGAGUCUGAGUCUGUCAAAAUCGAUGCCAUGAUAUAGACCAGUGGAGCACACGCGCCUGCGCCUCUCCGCCGAGAACUGCGGUGUGGCCCCGCUGCCAAUAAGACUUGGAGGGAUUGGAUUGGAAAUAAAAAGAAUAAAUAAAAUGAUUUAAAAUUUGCAUACACCAAAACAAAACUGACUUCUUCAUACAAUGCACUAAUUUCCCCAGUGUGAAGUUCGUCAAGCGUUAAGUGUUGGGUUAUUUUCCUUUGUGAGGCUGCAGUUCAAACAGGUUUAUUCCCAUAUUGGCCGAUCCUUCACAAGAUCCCACACUUUGAAGCCUGCGCGUCUUUGAUUCGUCUUUUAAGACCACAAUUAAGGAUAUAUGGGCUGUUCAAAGCGUUGUGGAAAGAUCAAUGAGGGGAUUGACAGUCAAGUGAUGUCGUUUGCACAGGUGUGUGUGUGUGUGUGUAUGCGCGCGCGCGAAUGCAGUGUCUGUGUAAAGCUGCAGUAAACGCGCGUCUGUGUUGCAUAAAACAGGGGCAAUAAAUCAACAGCUGAGUGUGAAAAUUACGCAAAUAGGGGCUUUCCUCUGCCUCCUGAGUCAUUCAGAAAAGUGGGCGUGCGCCUGUGAAGCGUUCAGACUAAUGGCGAUAUCACUUUUUAGUUGGUGUGACAUGCACUGACCUACUGUCUCACCGCGCACAAGUUGAUGCAGAGUUGCGCACUAUAUUGCGACACAUUCAACGUUAAAAAAACGCCCGGUGUCCAGGCCUGCUGUAGAUGUCUUCACGGGGCAAAUAAGAAAUUGGGGUUAAUUCUAUGAGGAAUUGUUUCAAUUUCCUCUCCAAGCUCCUGCAGAGUGAUCCCUGCACUGACACGGAACAUGAAAGGUGAGAGAGGCAGAGGAGAGGAGAGGAGAACAGAGGAGAGGAGAGGGAUGAAGGGGUUCCGUUUCAAACAGGAGCACAAAUGAGCCGUAAAGGAGAGGAGAUCCGGAGACAUUUGCAUUAAGAGGCAACUUAAGGUUGAUUUCUGAUACGGAGUCCUGAUUUAUAGGAGGUGCUGGUCUAACUGUGGGAUUAAUAGAGAGAGAGAGCGAGAGAGAGAGGGAGGGAGAGAGAGAGAGAGAGGGAGGAAAAUCCUGAUGUGCACUAGAGCAAAGGGGAGUAUCCCGAGGUGAGGGGAGACAUAGAAAGCGGCCACAAAUCAGUAGAGGAGAAGAUAAAUAGAAGAGAGGAGGAGGUGACGGAGCAGAGCAGCAGCAGAGCCUCCCUCAAUCACCCAGCGGAAGUUUAACGUCAAUUAGCGGAGCUCUUAAUGAAGGCUGUGGGUGACUGCGCCAAGACGCGCACUGAUUGUGGAUUUCUCUUGUUUUGCGAUCAACUUUCCCUUUUGUCCAUCCUUCUGUGGCUAGUACCGAGGCUUCCCGUCUGUCCUCUUGGUUCGGAUCUGUUGCACCGCAAACCGGACCGGCUCUUUUAUCUGUGAUGGGGGCAACGGCCGAGGUGGGGAGUUUUGCCAACGCAUUUCUGGACAGCUUUGGACACGCGGGUGCCGCUCAGGCUGCCGUUGGCUCUCAUUUCGUUCUUACCCCAGCUGGGCCCAUGGACUACAACUCUGCAAGUGGACUGAUCACGGGAGGACACGGGCUGCAGCAGCAGGAGCACCUCGUGUCCGCGGAGAGGCUGUCCCGGAGCCUGGCGGACCUCAGUCAUCUGAAGGGGAUUCUGAGGCGGCGACAGCUCUACUGCAGGACGGGCUUUCACCUGGAGAUCCAUCCUGAUGGCACCAUACAGGGGACCAGAAAGGACCACAGUAGAUUCGGUAUCCUGGAGUUCAUCAGUCUAGCUGUGGGACUGGUCAGUAUAAGAGGAGUGGACAGCGGCCUCUAUCUUGCCAUGAACAGCAAAGGAGAACUCUAUGGAUCGGAGAAGUUGUCAGCUGAAAGUGUUUUCAGGGAGCAAUUUGAAGAAAACUGGUACAACACUUAUUCUUCCAACAUCUAUCGACACGGAGAUAAAGGAACAUUUUACUUUGUUGCUCUAAACAAAGACGGCACCUCUCGAGAUGGAACGCGGUCAAGGCGACACCAGAGGUUUACCCACUUCCUACCGAGGCCUGUAGACCCAGACAGAGUACCUGAGUUGUACAGGGACUUACUGGGCCAAAGCUGAGACUGUGACUGUGCCGUAUUUGGACCUUGUCAGAGUCAAGUGUGCGCAAAUCCCGAACUCCUCUUGAAGACAGAGGGAGAUCUCUGAUCUAGGCCAAACUAGUUCAUUUGAUGUGCACCAAAAUCACCGCCUCACUUCGGUGAAAGGAAAGAAGGAACUUCAACAUCUCCGUCUGAGAUUGAGGCCAUGGAACGAUCUUCCAUGGAAGUCGUAAAGGCUCUACGAUGGACAGAGAGGCUUUCUCGCACCUUUACUGGCCUGUGCAGUGGCUCUGAUGUCAGAACAAAUACAACAGAUUUCUUUUGAGUUACAACCAAUGAUAUCAACUACCUGCAUGUUUCAAAGAAAAACAUCCCCAGGCUGCUAUCAUUUCUAAACUGUGUGGCUGUUCAGUCUAAUCAUUUUUACUUCUCUGUAGACCUUGUGAUGUUAUACACUAUGUGGCUGCUAUGUAAAAGAUUUAUUCAAAUUGAUCAUUACACUGAGUGGGCGGUUUACACUAAAAGGUAGUUUUAUGCACUGGAAAGCAGACGUUUUUGUUGUAGAAAACCGGUCUGCAUCUGGCUGACUUUGUUAAUGACAUGGCUGGGCUCUUCUCUGAACUCCUACAAAGACCAGAUGCUCAGAAUGUGACUCGUACGAGGAUGGAGUAUGGGCCAACAAAAGAAAGAGCCCGGAUGCAUUUUUUUAAGGAUUUCUUCUGUAGUACACCAUGUACUCUGGUGGAACUCUAUAAAGACUCACUAAAAGGAUUUGUUGAAUUCCAGCUGACCAAACUGAGAGGUUUUUGACAGAUGUUUGUUGACAGAUUUUAUUCUUAUUUAUGAGUUUCUUUUUUUAACCUAGGACAAACAGUAUAUUUAUUUCAUAUAUUUAUUUAUUUUUAGGAA